CCGAUCUGGUGGCAGACAGUAAAUCUGUAGGUCUCUUCCCGUCUCACAUUGAAUCAUGCUGUUUUAUGUUGGUGAUAGCGAGAUAAGGAAGAGGCUGUCUGAGUACACCCCGGGGUCCACCCAGAAUCUCCAAGGACAUGGAUACAGUCGAGUUUGUGUGCAGCUCUUUGGGAUGACAGGACACGGCAAAUCAUCCCUUAUUAACUCUUGUUUGUGCGUUGCCAAAGACGUUAAGUAUCGCAAUGUGGCUAAUUCCAGCAUAGCUAAUACAGCCACCACCAUGAUGAGAAAUGAGUUCAAAUUAAAUAAUGCCGUCUACAUGACUGAUAACAGGGGUAUUACUAAGCUAACGGAAGAGGAAUUAUUUGAGAUAUCAGCUCAGUUCUGUCAGCUACGUACAACAGGCGAAGUGAUGUGGAAAGAUGGAUCUAAGAGGAAUAAUGAAGCACUUAUAAAAACCCCAAAAAUCCAAGAGAUUAUAGUGCCAGUUUUUGUUUACAGUGCUGAAUACCCCAGUGCACCACAGACAUUUGAACAAUAUGAGGCAUUUAUUAGAGAGGCCUACAACAUGACAGAUCUCUUUCCCAUUAUUGUUCUCACUAAAUGCAAACAAAUUAAUACCAAAGAACUAGAAUACAAGUUUAGGCAACUUGGAGCAAACCACGUAGUUCGUAUCGAGAAUUACACCACUACGAACAACCAACGCAACCCAGAGAUAGACACAAACAUCCUGAAAUUUCUGGAAAUCUGUUUGGAGGAAGCAGAUCAAGCAAUCGAUCUAAAAUUGGGGAGAGACCCCCAACAAGAAUGGUCAAACAAGGUCUCGAGGCUGAAUAAUAUGAUCAAGGAAGCAGAGGAAAGGAAGCAAAAGCAAGAAAAAGAGGACGAGAAGAAACGUUAUCAAAGUACAUGCAUACUUAUUUAA